AUGAGUAACAACAGCAACAGCAACAGCAGCAGUAAUGAUGAGAAUAGCAAAGAUAGGGUCAUCAAUACUACAAAAGUGAUCCAUACAAAACGAGUUGUGGUGAUUCGCAAACAGCAAACAAUCAGAUCGUCGACAUCCACAACAACAGCGAAAAGAACAACAAGAAGUAACAUUCAACAAAAGAAUAGUAUUGCUUCCGACAAUGGCAGAGAAUCCAUUGCAAAUUGGCCAUUCGCGAUGAGAUUCUUCUGUUUCGAGGCAUCAUUCAUCAUAUGCUUGGGGAUUGCUUUGGCAUGUCAUCAAGCCAUCUGGUAUCACAAGGUCGUGCUUCAUCCCUACUACUUGCAAACUUUCAAAUGGACUCGCACCAAUAGGCCAUCCAUAGAAGAAACCUACUAUCGAUUUGAGUGUACUGCCGAGGACAUUACGGCGGAAACGGUUCAGGACUUGUUUGUUGCCACCACCAAGAAUAAGAACAGGACUUCUACUCAUGAUGAAAGUGAUGAUGAAAAUGAUAGUACUGACGACGUAUCAUCCAAUGACCAUCAUAAUCACCACCACCACCACCACCAUCAUCGUCUUAAAUUCAGUCCCAUGGAAGCCGUAGACAAGGCCAUGACUCAUGGAGCAGUGGUACUACCUCAAUUAUUAUCCUCACAAACAGCCUCCAACUUACGAACACACGUGGGAAAACGACUGCGAAACUUGGAUCCAAACAGUAGGGAAAGUAUCAAAGUCAUCAUGGGAAAUAAUCGAUGGAGUUUUGCCUUGCGAGCGACGGAACAUAUCAGUGUAGUCAAGGCCUUGAGCGAACUAGGAAAUCAUCCGUAUUUGCAAUCGACGAUAGAAGGGUUGGUGGGGAAACCUGCCGCCCUGAUGGAAUUCCAAGUCAUCGUCUCGAUCGAAGGAGCUCCGUCGCAAUUUUGGCAUGCCGAUUCGGAACCGGAAGGAUCUUCGGGCCGAUUUGGAAAUUCCUUUGUGCCCUUAUAUACCUUGCUGAUACCGCUACAGGAUACGACGGCAGCCAUGGGAGCCACGGCGGUAUGUCCAGGAUCUCAUCGGUGUCAUUACACCAAUGCCUGUCUUGGGUUGGGGGAGAAUACCAUGGCAAAUUCCACCAACUGGACCAAGGCAUCGGGGAUGGGGGUCCAAGUGACGGAUCCGAAAACUGGAAUGAUAAAGGCUGGGACUGGACUGCUCUACAAUAGUCAAACCCAGCACCAUGGCUCGGGACACAGUCAUGGACAAGCACGAGCAGCAUUGUUGUUGUCCUUUUCGAGUGCACCACGAUUUCAAAAUGAUAAAGGCGCCAUAACACUAUUCGGACAAGAACGGCCCGAGCGAUUGCCUGCCAUUGGGACUGUCUAUGCGAUUCAUUCCAAUCAUUUGGGAUUUCUAUUUGACGAUUUGAAAAACCCUUUGAGAUGUAUGCAUUCUCCAUGGAAACGAAGUCUUGGGUGGCUCGACCAAACUCAGGGACGUGGUUGGAGCAUGCCACUCUUGGAUUUAUUUCGCACCAUCAAUGAACAAUUCGGAUUUCGAUUGGAAGAUUUGACCAAGGAAUCGAUGGAUGGUAGCUUGUAUCAUCAGGUAGCGACCGUCUUUGGAAUAUAUUUGGACCAGAACGACAAUCAGAAUGAUGGACCACAUUCCAAAUUGGCGCCAAUGGAGACUUUGAUGGUGCGGCUAAUGGAGCGAAUUCGCGCGAUUGGUUUGACAGUAGCAAUUGCGAUCUUGUUGGCGUAUUUAUUAUCAUGGGGAAUGUCAUUGGCCAUGCCAUCCGGCAUCUUGCAAUUCACAUUGCUCCGAUUGUUGAUCAUUGUUAGUUUGUUCAGCUGGUACAACAUGAGCAUCGGAGCUGAGACGAAUCGAUUGGCACAAAAAGCAAAGGCCUUGGCAACAAUAACGGAAGCAACACAAGAUACGGCCGACAAAGCAACACGACAACAUGUGGAUCCCCGGUCCUUGGUAAUGCCCCGAUACCAGGACAUUCUGUUCCCAAAUGUCGACACGAGGGAUAGGUCCGUUGGGUCGCAGUCUUUGGCCAUUGACUAUUAUCAUCCAGGAAACAAGCGAUGGCAUGAUGUAACAAAGGCACAAACUUUGUGGUUUUUUACCUAUUCGGGUCUUCCUCCAGUAUUUCAAGAGGCAGUUCUGGUCAAUAUUGUGGAUUUGUCAAUGACCCAACACGGAUUUCGGUUCUUGAAACGCAAUCCAAACACAAGUGAUUGGUCAGUGAUGGAAAUGGGGUCUAUCCUUCAAGAGACUCGGCACCUGAUGCAGCGCCAAGUCAUUGAUCACUUGUCUCAUCUCGGUUGGAUUGAACCGCGCAACCCUUGCGAUCGCUUCAACAACAAAGACACACCGAUAUGUCGAUUGUUGAAGUUCGAGAAUGUAUUCUAUCGAGAGACAAUACGAACAAUCCCAGUUGUUACCGAACGACCUAGUUACUCUCUGGUCAGAGAGAUCAACAAGAAGAUUACAGCAAGAGCAAUUCGCCCAAAACAAAAGGGAGAAUAUAUGACACGAGCAACAGAUGAGGAGGCAAUCCAUACUUCGGACUAUUAUGAUAAUGGUACUGCUGUCGAAUUCCUCUCUCCAUCCGGUAGAUCGCGAAAGUGGAUCAAUGGUAUCGUCAUUUCAAGACUACCGAAUGGUCCAUCAAAGACUGAUGGUGGCAACUAUUACACUUUGGAGUGUUUGGAUGUCGAGAAAACGAAAGAGCAUGGAAUCCCGUACAAAGCAAUCCGUCUUCCCAAACACCUGGCCCCUCUCAGCCUCUUUCUGCCAAAACUGCUAUUUCGUUGA